CAACUGUUACACAUGUGAAAUGCAUUCAACGAAUUCACCACUCACAGACAAUUGGCAUCUGCCACACCACAGUUUUACUCCGCACUUGAUUGACAGAUUCUUUUUUCACCAUCACCAAAAAAAAUAGCAAUAAAUCGAAGAUGGUGGUCCGGCAAAGAAGCCAAAUUUAUAUUUAAUAAAUUCGAAUCCAACGACGAAACCGAGCACAAUGCCAAUUGAUGAGGCGGAGUUCUGUGAGAGAGGGCUCUCCCCUUCCUCUGUUCGGCGAGGAAUUCGAGGAAGAGAAGUCGGGAUUGGGGAAGACAUGGACUUUCCUCUGGAGGAAUCUGCGGGAGAAACCAAUGUGGGGAAGAAUGGGGAGGGGACGACGAUGGUGGUCGGAAUAAAGGAGGACGACGGAAGCAGGGAGCUCUUAACAUGGACUCUCGUGAAUGUCGCACAAGCCGGCGAUCGCGUCAUUGCGCUCCAUGUUCUCCCCGCUGAGGUGCCGGAUUCCGGUGGGGAGUACUUGGCUUUGAACUCUACUGUGAACGCAUUGAAUGCCAUGAUCGCUGCCUACGAGGUUUUCUGUAACCUGAAGCAGAUCGAUCUGAAGCUAAAGAUAAGUCGGGGUUCUUCCAUUCGGAGAGCAUUGGCUCAGGAGACGAGCUUGGCUUCGGCUUCCAAACUCAUUGUUGGGGUUUCCAAGUGCAGCAACCAAGGGUUUAGUUAUUUUUCUGUCUCCGUUGCGAAAUACUGCGCGAAGAAGCUUUCCGGCUGUUGCUUGGUGCUCGCCGUGAAUAAUGGGAAGAUAGUUUUCGGGGAAGAAGCAGCAGGAGAAAGAAGCAUUGAUGAUCUUUCGCUUGGAACAGAUUCUGUAAGGCCCUGUAAGAUCAAUGAGCAACCUAAAAAAGAUGCAGAUCUCUCAAGACGUUCCUUCCAUUGUCUUCCUUCUGCAUCCAGUGCCAGAUUGAGCAGUGACAGAAUCAACAGUUUUGCUUCUAAAUUGUCAUGGAGAUUCAGCCUGUCAAAGAAUGAGAAAUUUGUAGCCAAUAAUUCUCUAGAUGAACCACUGUACUCUGCUGUCUUCGGCGAGCUGUGUCACGCUUCUUCAGACUCUGUGGAGGGGCCCUUUAAUGAAAUUCUAACUAAGUUUCAUGCCAGACCUAUGGGCUGUUUGCCUUCGCAGAUUUUGGAAUCGUCACAAAGAAAACCUGGAUGGUCUCUAUUUCGCAGAACUUUUUCUUGUCAUAAGAACAAUUCUCCUCAGAGAAGGCCAAAAGCUUCUGCUGUUCAAUUGGCUAAGCAUCUUCCUAGUUGGUUUCCAAUAUCAGCGGUCGUACAUCCUGAUCACAAGCAGGAUAAGUCUGAUGAAGUUUCCAAACCUGAUUUUAAUGGAGUCACUCCUAUUCCCUCCUUUGAGUUUGAUGAUGAAACAAAGGAUCUCUCUAGAGAAUUACUCUCUCUUCAUGAGAAGCAUUCGUCUUCUUUCAGGCUGUUCAGCUACAAGGAACUGGAGCAGGCGACAUCUAAUUUCUCUCCUGAGAAUAUCAUUGGGAAGGGAGGCAAUAGCAGGGUUUAUAAAGGUUGCCUUUUGGAUAAGAAAGAGCUUGCAGUGAAAGUAUUGGAACACUCAGACGAUGCGCUGAAGAAUUUCAUUUCAGAAAUUAAGAUUAUGUCAAACUUGAAGCAUAAGAAUAUCAUCUCCCUAACUGGGUUUUGUUUUGAGAACAAGAAACUUGUGUUGGUCUUUGAUUUCCUAUCAAGGGGCAGUUUAGAAGACAAUCUCCAUGGCAACGAGGGAGGAAAAAAUAGUCCUGGCUGGGCUGAAAGAUAUAAAAUUGCAGUUGGAGUGGCAGAAGCUUUGCAUUACUUACAUGAGAGCAGCGCUGAACAACCUGUGAUCCAUCGCGACGUGAAAUCCUCAAAUAUUCUCUUAUCUGAUGAUUUUGAGCCACAGCUGUCGGAUUUCGGACUAGCUCGAUUGGCAUCAACAUGCAUGAAGAACACAACUAGCAGUGAUUUGGAAGGGACAUUUGGGUAUCUUGCUCCUGAGUGCUUCGCGUAUGGCGAAAUAGAUGAAAAGGUCGACGUUUAUGCUUUCGGGGUCGUUCUUCUCGAGCUUCUCUCCGGAAGAAAGCCAGUAAGCACUAAUGGUCCUAAGGGUGAGGAGAGUUUGGUUCUAUGGGCAAAGCCCAUACUGCGUGCUUGGAGCCUUGAGCAACUGCUAGAUCCAAGCUUAGGUGAAAAUUACAAAACAGAUGAGAUGGAAAGAAUGUGCUUUGUUGCUUCCCUAUGCAUCAGAGAAAUGCCGGGAGAUCGGCCCAGUAUAGCUCUUGUUUUGAAGCUAAUCAAAGGUGAUGAUGAAGCUGUGAAGUUAGCAAAGUUGGAGUUAGGUUCUUCAAUGUUGUUUGAUGAUAUGGAUGAUGAGGCAACAAUCAAUAAUUUAAACAUUCAAUCCCACAUUAACUUAGCAUUGCUCGGCAUCGACGAUGAUGUUGCGCUUUCUGUGAGCAGCCUAGCCCAUUCGUUUGAUUUCACGACGUCGAACAGUUCCUUGGAGGAGUACUUGAGAGAGAGAUUGAGCCAUUCCUUGAGCUUCAACUGAAUUUUCUUUGGCUUUGUAAAGUUUCUUAUGUCUUUUACCGCUUCAGUCUGUAUUCAAUUAUAAUGGGCAUGAGGAAGACAGAAAAAGAGGAAAAGAUCAUGGAUAUACUACUGCAGAAAAAGCUGCAAAGGAUUCUUCAGCUUUAUGCUUGGAGAGUUCGAAGUAGCAGAACUCAGAGCAUUUAUGUCCUGGUUGGAGCUUCAACUAAACUAAUUUGAACGAAUUUGAUUAACAUUCUGAACUGGAACACGGUAGCAGAGCCUAAUUGGCCUGAAGCGCAAGCAAUCUGACUGGAUUAGCAGACGUGUAAAUAAAAGGUUCAGACAGGGGUACUUACAGAGAAGAUGCUUAAAUAAAGUUGAGGAAUGGAUUCCCUCAUGGCUUCUAUGCAGUCAUGGAACAAGAGAGUGGAUGACAGAGAGAGAUGAAUUAAGGAUGGAUUAUUAUUAAUAUCAUGCGGAUCAUUAAUUAGUAUUAUUAUGAGUGUUAUCCUUUAAUGUGAAUAUUUUUAUUUUUUUGGGAAAUUUACUUAAACAUCCCCCAAUUCUUAUGUAUUUACAAAUU